GUCUUUGGUUGUUUUUAAUGCUUUUUUAGUUAGAUUCCUUCUAUAAGGUCUGUGGUUAACACAAGAAACUUUAGAAAAAGUUCAAGUUUUGUUCUGGGAUAUUAAAUAUGUCAAUGAAUACACUCGUGAAUUUUGAAGCUUUAAAAAAAGAUGGUUGCUAACAAGUAGCCAAAGAAGACUUCCCGACUAAUCCAAAUGCAUCCCAGUGCAUCUGCUCAGGAAAACAUGGACAUCCGCAUUUAACUGAUAUUUCAAUGGCAAGUGUCUGAGCAUCACAAGCAUCUACAGAAGUCCUAAAUCAAUUACCACAUCAUCAUUAACGGAGAGAAACAGAGUAUAAAGUAACCAUCUGAAGUAUCAUAAAUGUGUCUUUGCCACAGUUUAUUUUAUGCAAUAAUCGAAAAGCCAAUGGAAAAACUGUUUUUUGCUUUUUGUCAAGGGAACGAUGCUAACUUCCGGGUUGGCCUAGACUUGCCGCUGAGUUGCAUUGUGGGAAAUGUAGAGUCCAGUAUUUUUGGAGCUUGACAGAUUCAGGGCAGGAUUUCUUGGCCUGUGUUGCUUCAGUUUAUACCAUCCUUUUUAUUUUAAUGUGCCAAGCCUUAUAAGAGUGUGUAGCCUAUUAAAUGUGCCGAAGUACCCCUUUAAGUAAUUGUACUUCUGCACAAUGACAAAACCAUUCAAGAAAUUUUCAGAACUAUGCACACGUGGAAAAACACUAUUUUAGGUCACUUUCUAAUUGGUUAAAAGCAGGAACCCCCGGAUACUUCUAAACCUUGUUUUUUUUUAGCUCAACCCACUUUCUCGCUGUCCGAAUUUGUUUCUCCUCUGCUUGCUGCUGCCUCCCUCCCUCACUCCUCCUCACCCCCCUCACCCCUGUGUACAGUGCGCCACAUUGAGUUCAGCCCCUUCGACUGGAGGCUCGGGUUUAUCUGGAUCCGAAAGAGAAAGCCAUUCAGGAGCUGCGCGCCGUGAGGUAAAGGAAAGGCUCCGUUGCGGACGCUGGGGGGGACGUGAGAGAGGACCGGGAACCGGGGAUUUGACCUUUUUUCCGCAUAGACUCGGGUUUGUGAGGGCGAGCGGAGGAGCCAUGGCGGUGUUCUCUGCGCUUUGGGUGCUCUUACUGUGCCAGCUUUUGACAUCAUCCUCUGCCCAGAGGCCGGGCCCCAGAGGAGCUCCUGGGCCCCUAGGACCCGGAGGGCUACCGGGAAAGGAUGGCACUGAUGGCAAACCUGGACCUGCUGGACUACCAGGGAAAAUAGGUCCCAAAGGGAAAUCCGGAAUACCAGGGGGAGCAGGAAAACCAGGCCUGCCAGGACUUCCAGGGGUGGACGGCUUGACUGGUCCUGAUGGUCCUGCUGGGAAGGAUGGACCCUCAGGGGAAGCAGGUGACGCUGGACCUCCUGGGCCAGCUGGACCUCCUGGCAGAGGGAGAACAGGAGCUGCAGGACUACCCGGAACCAACGGGUUUCCAGGCGGAGUCGGACCACAAGGUUCAGCGGGCGCUGAGGGUCUUCCAGGACUUCCCGGACCUUCUGGCGCCGACGGACCGCCGGGUCUUCCUGGUACUCUUCAGGAUCUUAGCGGGGACCUUCUGUGUCCUGCUAUCUGCCCCCCUGGUCCCUCUGGUCCUUCCGGGAUGCCGGGAUUCAAGGGUCACACGGGACAUAAAGGAGACAAGGGGGAGCUUGGAAAAAAUGGAGAGAAGGGUGACUCUGGUCCAUCCGGCCCACCAGGUUUUCCCGGGACUGUGGGUCUGCAGGGCCCACGUGGUCUCAGAGGUUUACAAGGCACAAUGGGAUCUGUAGGAGACAGAGGCCUGCCUGGUUACAGAGGCAAACCUGGCAUUACUGGCAUCAUUGGAAAGACAGGUGACGUGGGAGAAAAAGGACCGCAGGGAUUCAGAGGACCCAAAGGAGGAAUUGGUAAAUUUGGCCCCAAAGGAGGUCCUGGAGGAGCUGGACCCAAAGGGGAGCCUGGUAUCCCUGGCAGAGAUGGCAAAGAUGGUACACCAGGGUUAGAUGGGGAGAAGGGUGAUGCUGGACGCCAUGGGGUAGUUGGAGAGAAAGGACCAAACGGACUUCCUGGUCUACAAGGAAAGGCUGGUACGAAGGGGCAUAAAGGACAAGUUGGUGAUCCAGGGAAGGAUGGAGAGACGGGACCCUAUGGAGAGCCAGGUAUUCCUGGUGAUAUCGGCGUCCCAGGAGAGAGGGGGAUAGCCGGACCCAGAGGAGUGGCUGGAGGCAUCGGGCCGACGGGCAUCGUUGGACCUCAGGGAGUCAAAGGCUUCCAGGGGGUAAACGGAGCCUUGGGAGAUCCAGGUCUUCCGGGUCCAACAGGUAUCCGUGGAGAGUUUGGCGAAAGGGGUCCUGUUGGAGCUUAUGGAGCUAAAGGAGACAUGGGUGUGGCAGGAAGUGAUGGCCUACCAGGAGAGAACGGAGAACCUGGUCCUUUCGGCCCAGUUGGACAAAAAGGAGCGGCAGGAAAGCGGGGUGAACUUGGACCUAAGGGCGUGACGGGUCCACAAGGAGAGCUUGGGGCGAGAGGGCUUCCAGGAAAAACAGGAAUAAUGGGUUUCCAAGGGGAGCAGGGCAUGCCUGGAAUUGCAGGAAAGACGGGUGUACCUGGUAAACUGACGAGUGAGCAGCACAUCAGAGAGCUGUGUGGCUCAAUGAUCGAUGACCAGAUUGCACAGCUGGCGGCUAACCUUCGGAGACCCCUGGCCCCUGGAAUGGUGGGCCGCCCCGGCCCUGCAGGGACUCCAGGAAAGACGGGAGUCGCUGGCUCCUAUGGGCAUCCAGGUCAACGUGGACCACCAGGGUACAGAGGCCUGCCAGGAGAACUCGGAGACCCAGGUCCCAGAGGUAAUGUUGGUGAGCACGGUGAUAAGGGAUCCAUUGGCAAAGCUGUUGAUGGGCCCACUGGAGACCAAGGAUACCAAGGUCUACCAGGAGUACGUGGAAUUGUCAAAGAUGGGCGUGACGGAUCUCCAGGAGACCCAGGUGAGCCUGGAGAGUCAGGCAGGGUGGGUAGGAUGGGGCACCAGGGACCUCCUGGAAUCUGUGACACAACAGCCUGCCAGGGAGCAUCGGUCGCUGGGAAAUCCUCCAACCCCAAAAACCAUUAAACGUGACUUCCUGCAACCUGAUGCCAUCCACCCCCAAAGGAGGGAGGGUGAUAAGUGAGGGAAGGAAGGAAAGAAGAGUGGUCCCAAAAAUGUCCUCUUUAUUUAAAUACAUGUAUCACAAGAUGGGAAGAGUAACAUCAAACAGGUGAUAUUUUAAGAGGAACAUCCCAGGAGUGACAUGAAAACCAGAGCAACUGAGAGACAAACGCAUGAAGAAGACAUCCAGAAAUGAACAGACAGAAGAGUCCAAGAGAUCAACUGCAUUGCUCCAUAUACUACAGUGUCACAUAACAAGACUUGACCUACAAACAACUGGAAAAUGAACGAGUCCUUUGGUGUAUAAAAACUUUGUACAUGUUGUUUCCAUGCCCCGCUGACCUUGGUUAACAUCCUAAAAACAACGGUGACUGUCUCUGAGGUGAAUGUGCAUAAAUCACAGGUGUUACCUCAACAUACGAGCUUACAGUGUAAGAUAUGGAAAUAGACGGCAGAGGCAAAAAGCCCCUGUCGAGGAGCUGUGUAUGUAUUGUAAAAGUAAUAAAAAACAAAUACCAAGGUGCCCAGAAAUUGUGUAGAUUAAUGCAAAAAACCUUUUAUAGUCUUUUUCUUUUUUUUACAGCUUCUUUGUUUUUUCUAUUACAUGUGAAGACGAUUCUCUCGGUUUGAGAAUCAAAAACAAAAUAAAACUUGUGGAUGCGUAAAUCAGACAUUGUAAAAUAAAUGUAAUAAUCUUACGAGCAGAGUAUAUUUUCUUUUUUUUUCUUUUUUAAAACUACAUUGAUCACAUCCACGAUGUACUACCGGUGCUGUAACUAUUAAAUAUACAUGACCUUAAAUACUAUUUAUUAUUUGUGGGUGACUGUUGUAUGUACAGUAAGAUGCUACAGCGACAUGUUGUAAGAAAGAACAAAUAAAGCCACUUUUCAGUAAAACAUUACUCUUCUCUACACAUCACCAUAUCAAUGAACAGUCUGUAUGUCAGAGUAAUACGCUAACGCAUGAAAAUCAA